UGUAUGUUUUUUUUUCUCAUCUAUGUGGUUUGAGAAGCUUUUGUCUUAUGCUUAAGAAGCCAUCAGAUAUGUCAGAUUAUGCAGUGGGCCAGGCUAAUGAUAGUCAAGAUGUUGCAUUCAUUUGAGAUAAUGUCAAAUGUAUUAUUCUUUGCCUGAAUAUGUACUGCCAUUUUCCAGUCUUUCUGUCAUUAGGGAUCUUUAAUGUUAGGUUGUUCUGUGUCAUGGUUGGGCAGAAUGCUUUCCUCACUUUUUAGUCACAUUGCGCCAUUUUCCAUGGUGGAAGGGCAGUCACAGGAGGGAUUGGGGACAGAGCCAAUGGUAUGCAUAUCCCAUUUGUUAAAUGCGUCCUACAACUUUUCCUGAGGGUCGCUGUCAAAAAAUAUGACUCCAGUAGAAGUGACCUGCUGUGUGGCAGUUCAGUUUUCGCAAACCUUUAACUGCCUCGAUGAUUAACGUUUAGAUGAUGACGAUGUGAUUCACUCAGAGAACAGCCCGGGCUGCCUUGCUGUGCCCACGGGGCCCAAGCGUCUAUUUUACUGUGGGUGAUGUCAUCUGUGUGUGUGUGUGUGUGUGUUUCAUCUCAAAUUGAGAGAUCGGCGGUUGCGUAUGUUCUGUAUAGCCUGUCAGGUACAUAUAACGCAGUCCUUAGUUUACCUCCUUCUUUUUAAAACUGGAUAAUAGGUGUGCAAUACACAGGAUCUCUUUAGAUGUCUACGGAGUGAAGAGGUGUUUGCAGUGAGAGCUAAGUUGUGAGGUAUUUAGAGAUCAUUGUUGUUUCGAAUAUAAUGGGAUUGUCGGGUCAGAUGACCUUUUUGGUGACAUUCCCUGUUGGCCAAAUUGAGUUUCUGAGUGCUCCUCCUCCAGCUUUCUCCCAUACUGCCCAUCGCCACUGUGAGCAUUGACGUGAGGGCUCGGAAUAACUCCUGCGAGGGUGUCGAGUGCCGGGUCACUGAUAACUAAGGGGGGCAAAAGCAUCAGUUUAGAGAAGGGAAGUGCAGGUCACGAGUUGUUUUGGGACACUUGCUUCCCUCUACAGGUGUGUCUGACCAGGACGUGCACUAAGCCAUGGGGGCGUUUCUGGACAAGCCGAAGACUGAGAAGCACAAUGCACACGGUGCGGGCAAUGGGCUGCGCUUCGGUCUGAGUAGCAUGCAGGGCUGGCGUGUGGAGAUGGAGGACGCCCACACGGCCGUGGUGGGUCUGCCACAGGGCCUAUCUGACUGGUCCUUUUUCGCCGUGUACGAUGGGCACGCCGGCUCACGUGUGGCCAACUACUGCUCCAAGCACCUGCUGGAGCACAUUACGGGCAGCGAGGGUUUCCGUGGCGUCGACCGGGCCGAGCCCACGGUAGAGGGCGUCAAGAGUGGCAUCCGUGCUGGAUUCCUCAAGAUCGACGAGUACAUGCGCAGCUUUGCUGACCUGCGCAAUGGCAUGGACCGCAGCGGCUCUACAGCAGUGGCUGUGCUAGUGUCGCCCGAACACCUCUACUUCAUCAACUGUGGCGACUCACGGGCGGUGCUCUACCGCAGCUCGCACGUCUGUUUCUCCACGCUAGACCACAAGCCGUGCAACCCACGCGAGAAGGAGCGCAUCCAGAAUGCCGGCGGUUCCGUCAUGAUCCAGCGAGUCAACGGUUCGCUGGCAGUCUCGCGUGCCCUCGGAGACUAUGACUACAAGUGCGUGGAUGGCAAGGGGCCCACGGAGCAGCUGGUGUCGCCCGAGCCUGAGGUUUUUGAGAUGGCGCGCUCUGAAGAGGACCAGUUCGUGGUGCUCGCCUGCGACGGCAUCUGGGAUGUCAUGAGCAAUGAGGAACUCUGCGAGUUCGUCAGGUCACGGCUGGAGGUCACUGAUGACCUGGAAAAGGUCUGCAAUGCCGUGGUAGACACCUGCUUGCAUAAGGGAAGCCGGGACAACAUGAGCGUUGUGUUGGUGUGUUUGCCUAACGCCCCCAAGGUGUCAGAGGAGGCAGUCAAGAGGGAUGCCGAGCUGGACAAGUACCUGGAGUCUCGAGUGGAAGAAAUCAUGGAGACCUCAGGGGAAGAAGGAGUUCCUGACCUGGUUCAUGUCAUGCGCAACCUUUCCACAGAGAACAUCCCCAACCUUCCACCAGGGGGCGGCCUCGCCAGCAAGCGCAGCGUCAUUGAGACUGUCUACAACAGGCUGAACCCCCACAGAGAAGAGGACGGGAAUGGUGGAGAUCUUGAAGACCCCUGGUAGCCGUUGGGCAGAGGUCCUCCCCCCACCCCCCACCUGAGAAAGUCCUGAAUUCACACAAAACAGAUGAUGUCGCUAUCUGUCUGCCUUCUCCCCUUUGACAUGUCCUGCAGAUCAAUUGGACCAUAAAGUUUAAAACAAUCACCGGGAAACACAGAUGCUAACUUUUUUUUUUUUUUUUUGCCUGUUUUAAGAGUCAGACAAGGAACUUAGAUGAUAAAAUGAAUGAGAGUAUGUGGUAAAGUAUUUUUACUUUUGGUUGCUUUUGAUGUUUCGUUUUUUUUCCCCCUUUGCAACUGAAGAGGAUGCAGAAAGCCUGAGGAGGCCUCCUGCCUUGACGCUUCUGCCCGUAUGAAAUGCGGUGCCUUUGUUCUUUUAAAAUAAAGAUUCUGCAGAUGGGAGACACUUUGCCCCACGGAGGUCUAGUCCCUGACCCACUCCAGACUGGGGAGGGGGGAGGGGGGACAGCGUGGGACCACCAGUUUGCGAGGGUGCUGGGGGACGCUAUGCGCACUCGCUGCUUCUAGGGGGGUCCUGAUACGGCGAAUCUGACAAACGCAUGUAUCACUUUUUUUUUUUUUUUUUUUUUUGUUAUUUACAAAUCGGCUGGAUUAUGGCUUUACUUGUUUUGAAAGAGUUGAAGAUUGAGAGCUUCUGCAAACCCCCCUUCCCCCAAUCUCCGCCCCCAAACCUAGCCCAAUCCACGCCCUGUCUGCCCCCCACCCCCCCCGCCCCACCCCCCCCGAGUCAGGCUUGGAGAAGAUAUCUCACUCUUCUGUUUCUGUCACAAGCCUUUUAUCCUGCUGUUGAGAGGAGAAGAAAAAAAAAACGUAUAUAAAUAUAUAAAUAUAUAUACAGAUAUAUAUUUUUAAGUUCCCCCCCUUUCGUUUUUCCUGUCGUGUCAGAUGUCACGUACUGUGCUUGCUGUAUAAAAGGUAAAUAAAACUCACCAGAAAAUGAGAAUAUUGAAACUAUAUAGAUACUGAAAAGCUGUGUGUGUGGAAAGAAUCUUUAUGGGAUCGACGCAUGUGUGCGAGGACUCCAGGAACCGUGAGAUUUCUGGACGGAUGAGUCUCUAACACCUACCAGCCUGUCGGGGUUUGUCCCACCCCCUGGUCUCUCCUUACCGCUGACCCCCGUUUGCACGACGGUGGUCUCACAUCAACUCGCCUUUAUUUUCCUCUUAUAAUAUUGUAAAAUUGUGAUUGUUGAUUUUUUUCUAAACAAAUUGAUUUUUAAAUGUUUUUUUUCUUGCAGAUGCAGAGUAUUGUGUGACAUGGUUCUGUUUGUGAUGUUCAGAAACAACACAAAAAAAGUAUAUUGAAAAAACAGAACUAAUACUCAAAAAUAAAAAUUAAAAAUGGUUAAAGUCAGUUUUCCUCUCUAGUUCUUUUGGUGAAUGAACGACAAGGUAAGGGGGUAUGUCUGUGACUCAGGCUGAAUCAUUUUUCUUUCUUUCUUUUUUUCCCUGACCCUGAAAGGUGACAUGGUACGAAGUCUGGUUGCCAUAUAACUAUUAGGUACUUGAAUAUCUUGUGUGUGGUUCUAUUUUUGCAAUAAUAUUGAUUUUUAUGAGAAGAUUGUGAGCUGUGCAUGUGUUGAGUUGGGAUUCCGCUGUUUAAGGAAAUGACAGAGUUACAAAUGCGAGGAUCGGUUGUCGAACAAUGAAUGUAUUCACCAAGGCGACAUCGGAUACGUGCUGUGGAAGCCUUGUGAUGACUUCUGAUUUCUUUCCUAUGUUAGUCUGUCAAUUCAUGAAUUUACUUGCCCUCGUGUGUAGUUUCUAAAACUGCAUUUCCAAAUGGAUUAUGUGAAAUUACCCUUCCUCUUUUCGUUUUGUUUGAUUCCCAACCCCCAGCCAUACACAACUGUAGCAUUUUGCUGGAACGCUUCCUGUGAUAAGACAAAAGUAACUGAUUGCAAAUGAAAAUAAUGAUAGAUUUUUUUUUUUUGUGCUUACGGUGCCCGUUGUCACUUACCCUUACCUUUUUUUGUAUAUCUACAAUUAUUGGUAUAUAGAAUAAUUAUUUCAACAAUAUAUUUUAUUUAUUCCUAGAUUUUAGCCUUGUCAGUGAAAAUUGCUGUAAAUGAGAUCGGGAUAAGAUAAUGCGUACGGGUGCACGUUCGUGUCCCUCCCUUAGGGUGGGGGACGGAUCCGAAUGGGUCGGUGAGGUCUGUGGAAGUACAUGGGCAGCCCAGGUGCCCUGUUUCCCUGUGUGUUCACCUUAACUCCUUGUACCUAUAGUUCCCAGUAUGAUAUUGUGAUGUUUCAUACCAUACAGUAAACAUAAUCACCUUAUCUUCAAUAAAGGAUUGCUAAAGAUG